UUUAAUUACGUCCUUAGUUACAUAGGUUGGAAGUAAUUUUUUAUUAUCCGGCUAACAGAUAGGGCGUACAAUAGCUCAUUGCUGAGCUACGAUAAAUUGGCAGUGGCAAGCUAAGCCCCUGCUAGCGUCAUGUGGACUUGACAACAACGGAUAUGUCAGUCGAUCUAUAAGCUCAAGCUACUCAUCGGCGGCUUUGGAGUUUGAGAAGGAGCAUAACAUUGGGCCCGUGUACGACUCCCCGAGGAUGUCGCGGCGGAGUCUCCGAUUACAGACCAGCGGCGGUCUGUACGGUAGCGACAGCGUCACCGACGGUCAAAACCACGGCCACAGCUACAGCAGCAGCUCCACAAGCAUCAGAAGGUCUGCACGGAGCAGACGACAGCAGCAACAGGCUGGUUCUGACUCUGGCUCACCGGUUCUGACCCGCAAAUCUAAGUCCAGUUCUGCCCAGUACAGCCACAGCGGAGCGACUGGCGACUCCUCGCUGCUCUCCAGGACACAGGAGGAGUCGUCCGUAACGGAACAGACCCUGUUGGGCCACGUGUGGGGCUCAAAUCUGGAGUCCCACAUUAAAAGGCGGAGCAGGAGGUCUGAGCACGGCUCGACGCGACUGAACGGCGACGUUAGCUUUACGGAGACCCACUCGGCCGUCGUCAACGGUUACAUAUGUAAGGACUGCUGCAUCGGCGGGGAGAGGAAGGACGCUCUCACGGCCUUCUCUUCAUCCUGCAAUGCCUCCCCCUCUUCCUCACUGUCUCAGUCCCUCGCCGCCUCAGCCUCAUCUUCCUCAACCGUCUACAGUCUGAACAAGAGCCGCACGCACAGAGCAGGUUUUGUACGAUCAGUCUCAGAGUCCUGCGUACGCCACACCAGACGAGCUGUGGCUUCCAUAGUGACCGUAAUCACGCUGAUAUUCCAUAACCUCUGGCCCUUUGGCGGUGGGGCCAAAGGUCAUGAGAGCAAAGGUGUACUGGUGAGUGUGUGGAAUGGACUCAGACGCCUGGUUACCCACACUGUGUCUAGAAUGAGUGUGUUUAAGCAGAGAACUCUGAGGAAAAUCCGAUACAGGAGUAACGGACACGAUGGAAAAGCCCACUCCAGUUACUGUGGCAGCAUGAAUGUGAAAGACCUGGUGACAGAAGAUGCCCAUCUCAAUCUGAAUGGCUCUCUGUGUGAUGACUGCAAAGGGAAACAGCACAUGGAGACACAGCUGGGUCACUCACGUUCCUCCAGAGCUGUGACCCUGCUCUCUGCUCUGUGGACCCUAGUUACCUACGCAGGCUGGGUGCCAGUGUACUGUGUGUCACGAGCAGUCGGAGCAGUGGGCGCAGCAGGGGGGUUUGUGGGACGGAAGCUGCUGUCUGUUCUGUGGCAAGCUAUCGUGUCUCCAGGGAAAGCAGUGACUGGCGCCAUCUGGUGGCUAGGAACGGGAUGGUACCAGCUGGUUGCACUCAUGUCUCUGCUCAAUGUCUUCAUCCUGACCAGGUUGCUGCCCAGAUUGCUCAAACUCCUCUUACUCCUUCUUCCCUUCCUCUUACUGCUGGGUUUAUGGUAUCUAGGUCCGUCCAGUUUUCUCUGUUACCUUCCAGCAGUGAAUGUGAGUCAGUGGAGGGAAGGCUUUAUCUCCACGUUCCAAAGCCAUAAAACUGCAUCUGUCUCUACACCUUCCUCUACACCUACAUCUGCUCCUACACCUGAAAACAUCCCUCCACCAGCCACCACGCAGGGCGUGGGCCAGGUGGCGUGGCUGGAUCCUGAACGCUUGUUAAAGCUGGAGCAGCGCGUGGCGGCACUGGGGGACGUCAUCCUGCUGGGGGAGCAACGGCAGCAGCGGCAGCACGGAGAGACCGCGGAGCAGAUCCAGACUCUGAGAGAGCAGCUCAACACACACACGGACAGACACGCGCUGGGCCUGUGGGUCGCCAGCCUGGUCGAGCCCAAACUCAACACGCUGAAACAGGAGCUGGAACAACAGGCUGCGCACCAUGCCCAGGCGGAAGAGCAGUACGAGGUUCGGCAGAAAGGUCACAGCAGUCGUUUGGCUGAGCUGGAGGUGCUGAUUGGGGCACUGGCUGCAAAGACUGAGGAGCUUCGUCAGAAACAGGAGGAGACCCCAGCUGCCACUCCGCCAGCUCCUGUCAGCGUUGGCAUGGCAAAGGAGGACCAUGAUGCUUUGCUGUCAAAGGUGCAGAGGUUGGAGGCGGAGGUGGGGCGUAUCAGAGAUGACCUGGAGGGCGUUUCAGCAUGCAAGGGCAAAUGUGGCCAGUUUGACACUCUUCACGAGACAGUGUCUGCUCAGGUGUCAGAUCAGGUGAGGCAGGAGCUGCAGGCUGCGUUGUUCGGCGGUGAGACAGCGGGGAAAGGUGAACUCCGGGAGUCUCUGCUCCAGUGGCUCUCCACUCAGUACAUCAGUAACUCUGACCUCCACGCCACCCUGUCCGCUCUGGAGCGCAACAUCCUGGCCAACGUCUCCCUCCAGCUGGACCAGAACAAGCAGGCGCCUUGUGCUGAAACAGUCGCUCAGGCCGUAGUCCAAACCGCAGGGGCCGCUGGCCUGUCUGAAGAGGACGUGCGGCUGAUGGUUGACAACGCUCUGAGACUCUACUCUCAGGAUCGAACAGGACUGGUCGAUUAUGCUCUCGAGUCAGGAGGAGGCAGCAUCCUAAGCACACGUUGUUCAGAGACGUAUGAGACGAAGACGGCCCUGAUGAGUCUGUUUGGGAUUCCUCUGUGGUAUUUCUCCCAGUCACCGCGUGUGGUCAUCCAGCCGGACGUGUAUCCAGGCAACUGCUGGGCAUUUAAGGGCUCCCAGGGCUAUCUGGUGAUCCGGCUGUCUCUGAGUGUCCUCCCCACGGCCUUCUGCUUAGAGCAUAUCCCCAAAGCCCUGUCCCCCACCGGAAACAUCAGCAGUGCCCCACGCCACUUCACUGUCUAUGGGCUGGAUGACGAGUAUCAGGAGGAAGGAAAACUGUUGGGUGACUACACCUACCAGGAAGAUGGAGAAUCUUUACAGAUCUUCCCUGUCCAGGAGAAGAAUGAGAAGGCGUUCCAGAUCAUUGAGAUGCGUGUGCUGUCUAACUGGGGUCAUCCAGAGUACACGUGUUUAUAUCGCUUCAGAGUACACGGACAGCCCCGAGUCUAACACGGACCACACGGCACUGCCGCCGGACACUCUC